AGGCCCUUUAUAUUCAGAACGUGUUUUAGAAUUGAAUGCUAGUGAUGAACGCGGUAUCAGUGUUAUUCGAGAAAAAGUGAAAACAUUUGCUCAUGUUGCUGUUAGUAGUAAUACUACAACUACUCAAAACUCUGAUUCAAGUUCAAUAAACAUUCCACCUUAUAAAUUAAUCAUCUUAGAUGAAGCUGAUUCAAUGACAGCACCUGCACAAG